CAAAGUCACCACGCCUGCGUUCAUUCCUUUGUGUUAUGGCUGUCUUCGAUCCUGCUGUUCAUCUUGCCUAUGAAGCUCCUAAGCACCAUCUUUCGAUGGCCGAUAUCGGCUUGGGACACUUGAAGACACUCUCCUCAGUCGCCUGCACUGAUCCUUUCCCUCUGAUGAGCCUUGAGGGCGUUAAGGCACUCCGCGAGGAGAUCUUCGCCAAGCCGAUCGUGGAGAACUUUCAUAUGAAGCACGCACUGGCCAAGUGCCAACUUCGUGGCUACGCGCCUGACUUUGCUCCUUUUACUGCGGCGCUGUGGACUCAUCCGGACACGAUUAAGGCGUGCUCGGAAGCUGCUGGGAUGGACCUCGUCCCGAUAAUGCCGUACGAACUUGGACACAUCAACGUCCAAGCCAAAGAAGGUCUUGAAUCCCUUGGCCGCGACCCUCUACCACCUUUGCCGGCUUUGGUCCGCAGCGAGUCUGAUGAUUCAUCGGAUGAUGAUACACCAGAAGCAGAGGAAGUGGUACAUUGGCAUAUCGACAGCUAUCCGUGGGUCUGCGUGGUCAUGCUUUCGGAUGCGUCUACCAUGAUGGGUGGUGACACGGCCCUUGAAGGCGGGGAUGGCAAGAUCUACAGGGUCCGCGGGCCCCAAAUCGGUUGGGCCGUCAUGAUGCAGGGGAAGUACAUUAAUCACAUGGCCUGCGGAGCUUGGAAUGCUCGUGAACGAGUCACAAUGGUCACCAGUUUCCGUGCAAAAGACUCAAGCCUGCUUGACGACUCUACGCUGAGGACAAUUCGUAUCUGUUCCGACGUCAAUGACAUCUACUACCAAUGGGCGUCAUAUCGGUUGAAGCUCUUGUCUGAGCGCUUCCAGGGAAAAUAUGACCAGAUUCAAGACAAGAAGCAUGCGGCGGGUCUCCAGGCCGCCGGAAAGUUCACCGACAUAAUCGGCAAGGACGACUUCAAGGAGUGGGUGAGCGAGCAAAUCAAGUACCUUCAGAUGACGAUGGACGAAAUCGUCUGAGUCGUUUCCUCUGUACAACGUUCGUUCUCGCAAGUUCCACACUCUUCCCACGCUUCUUUCUUGUACCAAUAGUAGGGUAUGAUCAUUGCGGAUAUCGAGGAAUACAAAUCUAUGGUUGCGAUUGG